AUGCGAGAAAUGGCGUGCGGCAUAUCGGUCGACGUGACCGCCACGAGCACGGUGCUUCUCCUGCUGGUACUGCUUCAGGCGGCACUGGUGUGGGAGGAAGCUCGCGGCGCUCCACCGAGGAAGAGCGACAUCCUCGCGGGCACAGAAUUCCUGUCGGUCUUCAUAAACGGCGCGAUGGCGCCGACACCGCAACGACGACGAGGGGGGGGAGGCUUCCGUCGCGGCGGUCAGGCCGCGUCGAGCAGCGACAGCGCGACCGCCGAAUCGCACCAGCAUGAAGCAUCGAUCUAUCGGAUAUCCCGGAACCCGAACGUGCGCCCGGUGGUGUCGAGGCCGCCGAACGGCCGCGAGGAAGUCGUUCGCUUCUAUCCGAUAAGCCAGAGAACACUGGAGAACCGGCAGCAGAAUCUGGCGUCGCUAAUCGACGAUCUGAGCACGCCGGGCGGCAUAAGAUCGACGCGUCUGACGCCGACGAGCGCGACGACGACGACGAUGGCGAGCAGCCUGUCGCCGACCUUGAAGGACCCAACUACCUCGAACGGCACCGAUGGAUUCAAAGCCGGCGUCAGCCGGCAGAAGGUGAUCGGUGUCAGCGUCACAUCCACGGUCGAGGCCACGCCGUACAAAGUGCGCGUCGAGCACUACGACAGCGCCGACGCCGCGGUGGUGGUGACGCGUCCGCCGAGUUCGGAGCCUUCGGUGAACAGAGAGGCUGCCGACAGAGAUCCGCCAGUAAGAAGCACGGUGAAGGGUGCUAAACUCCCGAGCACGACGACGGCAACGACGCCUUCACCGGCUAGAUUUGUUACGGAGGAGCUCAGCAACAUCGUCUCCGAGUCCAACAGAAGCGAGUUCUCCGUGGACGAGGAGUCACCGAGGAUGAGCUGGCGCGGCCGCGUCACCAUGACGCCGCAGAUCCAACAGACGCCCGCGUUCCUGGAGGAUCAUCAGGACGAGGAGUUGAACGAGGCCACCCGCACCAUCGACGACACCAUCACUUUGCCGACGGAGGAGAACUACGAGCUUCCCGUGGAGAACUCGGAGCCCCGUGAGCUGAACGAAGAGCCGCCGGAGAUGCCAUCCGAUCGGCUCCAGCCGCAAAACCGCAAGGCGGCUCGUCACUACGACGCGCCGAUCUACAACCGGCCGGGCCCGAAAGUGUACAGCCAAUCGUCGAAGGUGUACAAGCCCUCGCGAACGUACAGCGAGCCGGCCAAAGUGUACAGCGAACCCGAGCGAGUGUACGGAGAACCGGCCAAGGUCUACAGCGAGCCCGCCAAGGUCUACAGCGAGCCGGCUAAGGUCUACAGCGAGCCCGCCAAGGUUUACGGUGAGCCCGCCAAGGUCUACGGCGAACCGGAGAAGGUCUACUCCGAGCCGUCUAAGAUCUACUCGGAGCCGGCGAAGGUGUACUCCGAGCCCGCCAAGAUCUACUCGCAGCCAGCCAAAGUGUACGGGGAGCCCAGCAAGGUGUACGACUCCGAGGGCCAACCGAUGGACCGCCAACAAGGUGGCGAUGAGCCUGACGAGCAGAACUACGAGAUCGACGAGUCGGUCAGCGUCGGCAGCAACGGCAACGUCCACGGCCCGGUCGUCACGGAGAUCCCGUCUACAUCCGAGACCGAGGACAGCCACAAGGUUGGCUACGUGGUCGAAGGCAGGAACUUCAGGAAAUACCGGGUCGAGGAGAGGACGCCCGACGGCUUUAUCGUGGGCGAGUACGGCGUCGUCAGUCACGACGACGGCUCGUUGCGCGGCGUCCGGUACACGGCGGACGGCACUAUCGAUCCGCAGCUCAUUUACGACGCCCUGAAGAAGUUCCUCUCUUUGUGAGAGCAUCCUCGAGCCACAGGAGGAGCCCGAAGGAGGACGAGUCGUCGCGACCGGCCACGCGAAGAUCACCCGAACGAUUUUUGAUGGACCGAUUCUCUCUCUCCCUCGUCUGUGCGUCCUCCGCAACAAUUCAGCUCUCUGUCCAUCCUAGGAAGCCUAGGUACUCUGAAAAAUGAAUGUGGAAAUUUGGUCUUGACAAUGGACGAUCAAACACGUUCUCGUUGAAGAAAACGAAAAAGUUCUAGAUCUCAUGAACCAAAUUUGGUCCCUAUGACCAGAAAUUCUGUUGUCUUCAAUCAGACAUUGUUUGACUGGCCAUCAUCAGGCAGGUAAACUCAUUCUUCAGUGUAGAACAGAAAGUCACGAGAAAGUGAUCGAGUCCUGAUCGAAAAGUGAGUUGUCGCAGUUGUUUUCCCGUUAUUUCAUCGUGAUUUUUCUGUUCACUUGGAAGAGUUGUGCGUCGACCGGCAAUCAAGAGCAAUUCGCGAAAUUGCCGCGAGUCCACAUGUCACCUUCAUCCGAGUUACCUUCUGGACGUACCUACGUAGACUGAUCGAAGUUGGAUGACCUCGGGCGUUUGUGCGACGAGGGAGGAUGCCAUUUCUUCGGGAGGAACCGAUCACGAGGAGGCUGACGACGAGCCGGCAAGUCGCAAGCUUCUUCGUGACAGCGCAGCGACCACCGUCGAUAAGACGAACACGACUGAUUCUUUUGUUCUUGCCAACUCAACUGCCUCAACAAUUAAUUUUAAGGACGACAUUUAGGAUCUAAGGAAGUCCGCGUGUCCGAGCAAGGUGGUGACCCGUUCUCGAUCCGCAGGACCGAAAGGUCGGCCGACGCACGAAAGUCGAACCGAGACGCUCGGUCAUUGCGAAACUCUGACAGAUGAAAGUUACUCUUUGGCCGGCGAAAGUACGAACUUUUGUGUGCACCAACUGCUCGAUGGCCUUUGACGAUUGUGGCAACCGAUCGGAGCGGUUGUCGUGUAUUUUUCUCUUAUAGGCUGUACUCGCAAGACUCUCGGAACAAGAACGAAACUUUUGGCGUCCCGGUGCGUGAGAGAUUGCACUCGGGUGACGACACGCUUAGACUCGGCUUAGACGAUUUCCAGCUACGAUGUUAGCAAUGCCCCGAAACUUUUUACAUCUCUUUUUGUAUCUGCAGAUUUCGUCCCACGCGAAGCCGUGAAUGACGACACGUGCAGUAUAUUUAUUUCGAUAUAUACUUAUUUACUGAAAUCGUAAGAUAAGUUUAUAUGAUAUCGUUUAUAAUUGUAUACAGAGUACCAUGGAUGAUGUAGGAAUAUAUGGAUGGAGUGUAAUCCCAGAGGGGUAAAACCACAGAGAAAGGGGGACGAGAUAAAAACUGCCUGGUUUUCAUUGGUUUUUACUAUGCGCAAGCGUACAUAGUAUCGCGUCCAUGUAACGUCUGAGCACGUGGGAGCAGGUUAGCAAGUAUUGUUUUAUUGUUUAUUGUUAAUAAAUCAUUGGAGUAAUUGCGCAAUGUUAUGUUCCUUUGUGCAAAAGCAGGUCGAACUGCCAAAAUUGGAAAAAACACACGCAAAGUGAAAGAAAAAUCACAUUUCAUAGGUAAGAUAACCUUUUAAUGAUUAUGAACUGUAAAUGAAAAACAGGCUGUUUUUAUAUAUUCUUCACAGUAUUCCAAAGGAUGAUUUGUAUAAAAUCGCCUCCUACCCACUAUGUUAUUAAUUUUUCACGUAUUAUUUUGAAUUAUAUGUUCAUGUUUUUAUUACUUCGUUUAUAAUUAGCGGUACUGAGCAUAACUCAACCAACCAAAUCCAGGCACAGUUUUAGAGAUACCUCGAAUCGGCUCCUUGCCUAUAAACUCAACUUAUGCUCUAUCCAUAUAUUCUUACAUCCAUGGUUAUAUCAAAUACCAUACAAACUUAAAGAGCACUCAUUCAAUUCGAAACAGUUGUCUGUCUGUAAGUGUUUAAACUGUUAUAAAUAAUAGCUCAAUAUUUUGGAGCAUUUUUUAAUAAAAAAUAGAAAGUAAGAAAAAAUAAGGAAAAAUUGUUCAAAUCGACAUCUUUCGGCAUUUAUAUGAUGCGAUCUAAAAUUGAUUGAAUAGUUACACUAUUGAAUAGUUGCACAAGAAACGUACGAAUGAUCGUUCCUCAUUUAUUUUACACGUGUCCUUUUACACUAUAUUAAUUCAACUCGAGUAUUAACUUUCCUUUCGUAUACUAGAUUUUGUACCUUUAUGGUUUCUUUAUUAUUUUCUAUUUUUAAUAGAAGGAAAAAAUUAUGCCAUCAUUUGUAAACUUUAAUAAACUUUGUAAAUAGAUAACCGUCUCGAAUUGGAUCCAUGUUUAUAGAAUAUUUUCAAUUUAUAUGCGAAACAUGCUCCUUAAGUUUGUACAGUGUGUCAUACGAUACCCUGCGUAUCACAAUAACAUGAGAAUAUGAAUAUGAGAAAUUAUGCAAACUUUUAAAUUCCAACGCGCAGAAGUCGAAACGAAACGACGAAGCGUCUAAUCCUGAUGCAAUCUCGGCGCGCUAUCGUAAGAUCGAUUUCAAGCGCACGUAUCGAUGCGUGUCUUCGCAACUGAAUAUCUCAAAUAACGAGAAUCCCGUAUGCCUCGGUGCAUUCGUUCAGGAUGUAUCCACUGCCGGACCCUCGAUCUCUGAUCUCUGAUCUUUGAUCUCCGGUAUGAAAAUCUCGAACCGAAUUGUUACGGAGACUCGAACCCGACAAAAUAUUUCGGCCGAGGCAACUGCGUACUCUUUAACGUGCCGAACACGUUUCGUAAAAGGACUCGUUUUACAACCCGAAAAAAUAUCCCAUCACGUCCUUCCACAAAAUAGAUAAUCUUCAAUUGUCAAUCUUUCCGAAACAGUAAAACGGAACGUCGAAGAUUGUCGACCGAAUGAUGCAAUGUGAUCUCGUGUGAAAUUCGAGAGCAAACUUUAUAUCUGUAUAUUAGAGAGAUACUACUAGCGGUAACGAACCUAUGUCGAUAAGGGAUUAAUUUAAUCGCCGAAGGGGAUUUAAUGAAUCACUCUCGCGCUAUUCCGUGAAAGUUAACGCUUGAAACACUUGGACUCAUCGCGCUUUUAGCGCCUAGAAAGUCUUCAAUUUAAUUUUAUAUAUAUUUCUUAUAUAAUUCUUUCAUACAAAAUCUUCCUUUUGUGUAAAAAUUAGAUAUAAUUUAUUACUGAAUAAAAGUACAUUCCUACACGGAAAGUAAAAUUAGUAUCAAUUCAAGAGUUAUAUGCUCACAGGGUGUUUCAUAACAUAUAACCUUCUUAUCAAUACACUACCGAAAUACAUCAGCUCAGCUUAUCUACCUUGUCUAGCUUGUGUUGUAAACCAUAGAUUUUAAUUCUUUAACGGCUGAGUAAUGUUUCGUAAUAGUUUUGCAAAUUAAAUUAAUGAUGGAUUGAAUUUAGUAGACAUCAUGUGGAAAAAAAAUGUUCACAAAUUUUCCUCUCACCUAGAAAUUCCGCCCAGAAGUUUCAGACGCCCUAAAUAAGAGCGAGUUUAUUUUCAUAUAAGAUUAUAUAUUCUCGCUUAUACAGGAUGUCCGAUAAUUAUUUUCGAAUCUUUCGCAGGGAAGGCGGAUUAAAUUGAGUAGGAAAGUCAUGUACCAUUUUGCAAAAUUCGCAAUAUUUAAUGAGGAAUUAAUUAAACUGUAUGAGCUUAAUUAAUUCCUCAUUGGUGAAUUUUACAAAAUGGUGUAUGACUUUUCUAUUCAAUUUCGUUCUACCUGCACACCACGGAUCCCAAGAAUAUUAUCGGGCACCUUGUAUAUUAGAAUGUUGAAUUGAUGCUGAUUUAUUUUCGCUUACAUGUAUAAAAUGUAUCGCAAAUAUAUUUACACGCUAUUUUAUAUUAUUAUCUAAUCCAUACUGACGACGACGACGUGGAUAACGUUAGGAUGAUAAACCCAACUGUGCAAACCGAGAAUUCCAGCGUUAACAGCCCCUGAAAUGAUUGACUGAAAGUCUCCUUCGUAUGCUUUGAUCGCGGUCACGCUUCUGCGGUGAAGAGGCAGAAGAGGAAGUCGCAGCCGCCAGGGCCUCGGGAGAGAACGCGGGCGGGCUCGGCCGCUCCAUGAAUCACCCCCGCGGGCCCCGCAGCUGCGAUGGACGAGCCGACUUGUCGCGGCAGCGUGUUGGCGCGUCUCCUAGAUCUAAGUUUCCUAGAUCCUAAGGCUGUUCCGUGUCCAGGGCUAGCUGUCUCAAUCAACGAGAAAGCUGCUCUCCGCGGCGAUUAUCUUAUCUAGCGUUUAACUUCUUUUUAGCUCGUUCUCUCUCUCUUUCUUUCUUUCAUUACCUCAGUCCUUUGAGAUAGUUCCUCUCGCCACGCAAUAUCGAGCGAGCCAUAUUUACGUCUUAAGCCGCGAAUACACGACGGUACACCGCGAGAUUCGCGGGAUGCGAGAUGCAUCGGCUGUUCCGGAACGGCGUCCGGAUUCUCGCGAGAGAGAAUUUUCCUCACUCCUGAAAGCUCCAUGGCUCGUUCGACGAAUCGACGAGGCUGUAGGUGACGACAACGGCGUCAGGUCCGCGAACACUCUGUAUACGGACAUCUAUCGUGUAUUGCUCAUUGUUUGUAGACUGUAAGUAACGCCUCGAUUAUUUCUACUCUAGUAGCACACACACACGCGCGCGCCCGCACGCACAUACACACAUCUAAAGAGCGUUCAGUUUAUUGCUGCGGACGCGGUAUCUGUAAGAACUCUCUCGCGUGUAAGGCAUGCAUCUUAGAGUUAAUAUUUGCUAUAAAAGAUAUUACGUGUAGCGCUGUGCAGCCACCGCCAUUGUUCUCAAACAGCAACUUUGUA